GUAUAAUUUCAGUUUUUUUCCCCCUCAGUUCUUGUAACUGUCAGCAGCAGACCAUCAUCACCAAGGCCAGUUCUGUGCCAGGAUUCAUCUUAUUCAGGUACUGAAUCUGGACAUCUGCUGGACAAUCCUGAAACACAUCUCACCCUUCCAUCCACAUCCUUUCUCCCGCGUGCUGAUCUAGCAUGCGGCCUCUCAGGAUGUUGGGCCAUCUCAUGCUCAUGUUUUUACUGUGUGAGGCAGACAGUACAUGCCCAACUGAGUCCAACCCUCUCACCGUGCAUCCUCCUGAGGUCAUAGGAGAAUAUGGAGAGUCAGUCAUGGUAAACUGCACAAACACAGAAUUGAUAUUUGAAGAGAUGUACUGGAGAAGUGGAAACACAACCUCUGAAAAAGAAGAAGAGCAGUAUUUUAUUGGAUGGUCGGUGCCACUGUCAGACUGGCAUGUAACGGCCGAGUGCGUAAUAAAGCUGGACGAUUCUGCUGAAUGCAGCAAAGACGCUGAAAUCACUGUAUACAAGAAUCCGGUGAAGGUCGACCUGUUUCCUACAAAGCAUACAAACUCUGCGGUGGCAGAGAAACCAUAUGAGCUGCAGUGUGAUAUCCAAGAGGUUGCUCCUGUUCAAAACCUCAUUGUUAGGUGGUACAUAGACAAUCAAUACUUGAAGACGGACAAUUUCACCAACACAUCCAAAACACCAGUAAAUACAUUCUCUACUAGGAACGUCGUCCUCAGAAAAGAUCAGCAUGGAGCUCAGGUGAGGUGUGAGGCUCAGCUUGAUGCUCCGGAGCUCAAGAACCCUGACAAUAUUGUUGUUCGUGAGGGUGAUGACAUCACCCUGACCUGUGAAGUGGAGGCCAAUCCUCCUCCUGUCUUUAAUUGGACCAGGGAUAGGGUGAAUAUGUUGGAGAACACGAAUGAGCUCAACGUUAUUCGAAUCAAGGCCAGCACAACCUACAGCUGUGUAGCUUCCAAUUACCUGGGAAACAUCACGAAGAUCUUCAAUGUACGUGUGAUACCAAGGCCAACAGCUCUUGCAGCCAUACCUACCACUAUGGCUUCACCAAAAAAAGGUUGCCCCCUAGAGUUGAUGCCUGCUGAAGCUGUGGUGAAAUUCGGAGAUCCAGUUUCAGUUAACUGCAGCACAACAGACCCAGAUUUUUUGCAAAUGGGCUGGGAGGCUCCAUUUGGAGGCACAGGGUUUGAAAACUCUUCUCUGGUAACCUGGAAGGUUGAUAAACUGCAAGAGUGGACAAUAGAAUCUAAGUGCUUGGUGACUCUGACCUAUGACCAGUGCUCUGUGAUGCCAGACAUCACUGUUUAUAAGACUCCAGACUCCGUGACGGUCUCUGCAUUGGAUGGUGGUCCGAUGGUGGAGGGCACGGAAUAUAAGCUCAAUUGUGACAUCAUCAAUGUUACUCCUCAGGAGAAGCUCCAAGUGAAGUGGUACAAAGGCAGUGAAAUGGUGCACAGACAAACGUUUAAUGACACCAGUGUGACCCCAGUCAAUGUGUCCUCUACCUUGAUAGUCACUCCUAGCAGAAAUGACGACAGAGCACUUUUUAAAUGUGUGGCUGAGCUCCACCUUGGACCAAACGGGCCAGAGCUCGUCCCUGCUGAAGAAUCAUUACCAUACACUGCUGUUGUGCACUAUAAGCCACGGAUCCAAAAUUGUCCCAGCAGUUACAGCGGUAUGGAACACAAAUUCCAUAUGGACAGUUUGAUCUGUAAGGCUGAUGGGAACCCUGAACCCGCGCUUCAUUGGUACUAUCAAGGAAAACCGAUCAUUGCAUCUGAGCCGCUCACUAGGGCUCGCUCAGGAGAGUACACAGCUACAUUUGUGAAUAGCCUUGGCAACAUCAGCACUACAGUUCAUAUCACAAUCGAAUAUCCACCUUCAUUUACCUGCGAUAAAAGCUACGUGGUUCAAGCGGAUGUUAAACUCCAAAAUGAGUGUGAGCCACAGGGAGAACCUAAACCUGACAUAAUCUGGUUUAAAGAUGGAAAACGGAUGACAACCCCACAGUACUGGAGAAAGCAUGAGAGUGGAAAUUAUUUACUAAUAGCCAAAAACAAUUAUGGAACAGUCAAUCACACCUUUUAUCUCAAUGUUUUGUAUGCUCCUGUGUUCAAGGAGGAAAAUUACACUGUGGAGGUGACCGUGGAUGGAAAUGUGACGUUUGAAUGCCAUGCUGAGGGUAACCCUGCCCCUGAGAUCCGUUGGAAGUACACCUCUGCAGACAAUGUAAUGGAGACCACUGGGGGGCGCCAGAAGAACAUCACCGUCACAGGAGCCACGUCUACCAAUGCUGGUGUUUACAUCUGUGUUGCCACGAAUAAAGUUGGGAGUGUGGCAAGAUCUGUCACACUGGUGAUAAAAGAUCCAUUCCUCAUCUGGAUUUUGAUAAUUAUAUUGAUCAUUGUCCUCCUCCUCCUCCUCCUCCUCCUCCUCAUUGCCUGUUACUGCAACCGCAGGAAGAAACAGAGAAAAUAUAGUUUAGUCUCUACCAACAUCCCUAUGACUCCAAAGGCUAACGGGGUUCAAGCUUAGGAUAUUUAUUACUGAAUAGGUACGAUUAAAUCAGCUGCAAUCAGAUAUAGCUUUUGUUUUGGCCUGUAAAUACAGUAUUAUCAUUUCAGCUUUUGUCUAUUUUUUGUGUUUUUAUUUUACAAACGUGUUAUUGUGGGAAGGUACGUAGCUCAUUAUGUUCAUUUAAUAUUAAUAAAGUUACACAAUACCCUGUG